CUUCGGAAUAUUUUCAUAAAGUCCCGCUAAAGCGAGCCUAGCUCACCUAAGAUUCGAUAUUUUGGAGCUUAGCUAAUGUUUACUGGGGCCAGGGCGAUGUCUCUUUGUCACGAAUCCUUCGAUGCGAGCUGAGCAAGCGUGGUAGCUUUGCGCUGUUUUGUUUUCGUCCAACUAGUUCUGUUAGUUCGGGAUGUUUUUGCCCUUAACAUGGAGACAAAACGAGGGGAGAUUCCCAACGGCGUAUUGGACGACCUUUGCAGUCGCUUCAUCCUCCACAUCCCCAGUGAAGAAAGGGACAAUGCCAUCAGAGUUUGCUUCCAGAUUGAACUUGCCCAUUGGUUUUACCUGGACUUCUACAUGCAGAAUACACCAGGAUUACCUCAGUGUGGGAUAAGGGACUUUGCCAAGGCUGUUUUUAAUCACUGUCCAUUCCUGCUGCCACAAGGCGAGGAUGUUCAGAAGGUUUUAGAGCAAUGGAAAGAGUAUAAGAUGGGAGUUCCUACAUAUGGAGCAAUUAUUCUGGAUGAAACCCUUGACAAUGCAUUACUGGUGCAAGGAUACCUUGCUAAAUCAGGGUGGGGCUUUCCUAAAGGCAAAGUCAAUGAGGAUGAGGCACCCCAUGACUGUGCUGUAAGAGAGGUUAUGGAGGAAACUGGUUUUGACAUCCGAAACCGCAUCUGUAAAGAUACCUACAUUGAGCAAAAAAUCACAGAUCAGCUGGCUCGCCUGUACAUAAUACCUGGGGUUCCAAAGGACACAAAGUUUAACCCCAAAACCAGGAAAGAAAUAAGGAACAUUGAAUGGUUUCCUGUUGACAAACUGCCGUGUCACAGAAAUGACAUGACUCCAAAAUCCAAGCUCGGUCUGGCUCCCAACAAGUUUUUCAUGGCAAUUCCUUUCAUGAAACAACUCAGAGAAUGGAUAGCCAAGAAUAAAUUUGAAUCAACUAGCAGUGAUGAAGACUUUUUGUCCAAUGGUAGCACUCCAUGCAAACCCUUUCGCUCCAAACCCAGACACACACAGAUGUUGCUGGAUGCAUCUCCAGGUGAUGGCUGGAUAAAGCAAAAGCAACAAAAAGCUUUUGGACAACCUGGUCAAUGUGAGCUUGCAGACUUUCUUAAAGUCAAGAACCACAAUGUGAAAGGUAAUGGGAAGAAGCACCAGGAUUCCCCCAAUAUGAAGAAAAGGACAAAUGAGAUCUUUAAUCAACAGAAGGAUGAGAAGAAGCUUCAGCCUAAAAGACUACAGGACAAAUUUGAUGCAGAUGCAGCGAGUGAUGUGCAUGGCUCGAAUGGACAGUCAGAUUCGUCCUAUGGUGAAUACGAGCAGAUUUUCUCCUCAAAGUCCUUCCUCAGCUUCAAGUUUGACCGGGAGGCGAUCAUGAAGUCGUGCUUUGAAUCCUGAAGCCAUCAGCUGCCCUUAUUUCAUUUUCCUCAUUUUUAAAGACAUGAUCCGUUGCACUUUCAGCCGCUAACUCAGUCAUAACAUAUUUUUCCCUCUUCUUUCAUACAAGGGCGGUCAUUAUAGAAUGGGUUUUGGACCAAUAUGACAAAUAAAGUGAGGUACUACUUCCUUUCAGUUACAGAUUUCUAUAUACGUGGCUCUGAAAUGCUGAGGGUCUUUUAGCUUGAAAUGUGGCUGUAAAGGUUUUCAAAUAUAUACCCAAUCAUGGGUUUGUCCCUACACACUCUCACACUUCUUUUUGGGCUUUAACACAUUUGCUGCGCUCAGAAGUUCAUCAAGUUUAUUAAAGUCCCAAUCAGAAUGAAUUGCACCUUACAGACCAGCUUUAGUAUUGAAACAGUAAAAGCUUUUGAAUUAUGGCAGUGCUCUUAAGGAAAUCUUGUUGAGAGCCUGUCAAAUAGAUUCAGAUCUAAUCUCUCAAUGGUUUAGGUGCUGCUUUAGCUAUUUCUGAUGAGGUGUUAAAUUCAGGUUCUUGUACUAGUCCAUGCUUUAAUGAUUGUAAUUUUUUAAAACAUUGUACACCACUGGAUACUAGUGAGACCCUGCCUUCUGAUGCAUUUCUGUUACAGUCGUAUGUAAAAGUUUGAAUUUUCUGCGACUUUUAGAGUGAAAAAUUUGUUUAUUUGCUGAGUUUAACCUAUUGAGAUGUUUUGUACAUGCCCCAUUUUGUUUUAUUUUUUCCAUUAGCUUAAAUUCAGGAAAUAAAUAGUAUUGUAAUUGUGCAGUGUUAUUGUUUUAACUUUUCAUUUAUAAAAUAAACAAACACUUUGCAUACGACUGUACUAAUAGGCCAAAUUGUUUCAUGUAGUAAGUGAUGUAAGGGCUAAUGAGAUGGAAUGUUGGUUUGAUGUAUGUUUAGGUCCCUUGCAGUAUGUUAUCAAGCCUUUUGGACAGAAUUAGCUCUUAUGACCUGAACUUAAUGUAAUGAAACCUUGCCUUUAAUAAAUCCGUCAUUUUGCCUCCAGAACUAGAA